CGACGAUAGGCUUAGAUAGAGAACCUCGUAAAUGGAAGAGAUCAUAAGCGAUCGGAAAGUUUUGUUACUAGAAACAAUUAGUUUCUAGAUAAAUGAAAAAAAAUCGAAGUAUUAAUAAGUGACGCAAAUGAUUAAGUCGGUUUCUUAAGUCACGCAAAAUACUUCUCUAAUUGAAAGUUUAACGUCGGAUUACUAAUUGACUUCAAUAUACCGACGUUAACCGGCGUCUUUCUUGUAGUGCCAAGCACGCUUCUGCUAUCAUUCUAAACACAUUUGAUGAUCUUGAACAUGAUGUCAUCCAGUCUAUGCAAUCCAUUUUACCUCCCGUUUAUUCAAUUGGACCACUUCAUCUGAUAAUGAACCAGGAGAUUGAUGAAAAUAGUGAUGUAGGAAAGAUAGGAUCAAAUCUAUGGAAAGAGGAGAUGGAUUGUUUAGAUUGGCUUGAUACUAAAACUCGAAACAGCGUUGUUUAUGUCAACUUUGGGAGCAUAACGGUAAUGAGCGCAAAGCAUCUUGUAGAGUUUGCUUGGGGAUUGGCGGGAUGUGGGAAAGAAUUUUUAUGGGUGAUUAGGCCAGAUUUAGUAGUGGGAGAGGAGGCGGUAGUUCCCCCGGAUUUUUUAACUGAGAAAGUAGACCGGAGAAUGCUAGCAAAUUGGUGUCCUCAAGAGAAAGUUCUUUCUCAUCCCUCGAUCGGAGUGUUCUUAACACAUAGUGGAUGGAACUCGACGUUGGAAAGUCUUUCAUGCGGAGUUCCAAUGGUUUGUUUGCCGUUUUUCGCAGAGCAACAAACGAAUUGUAAAUUCUGUUGUGACGAAUGGGAGGUGGGUAUGGAGAUUGGUGAAGAUGUGAGGAGGGAAGAGAUUGAGACAGUGGUUAAAGAGUUGAUAGAUGGAGAGAAGGGAAAGAAAAUGAGAGAGAAGGCAGAAGAGUGGCGACGCUUGGCGAAGGAAGCAACGGAUCAUAAGCAUGGUUCCUCGAUUGUGAAUUUGGACAGAGAUCUGAGUAAUCUAAAUAAUAAUAAUAAUCCGAAUAAAUUCAUACGGGACAUUAAGCAACUGAUCCAGCACUUUGUGGAGGUGAUGUUCACAUUCACUUAUCGAGAAGGAAACGGAGUGGCCGAUAGAGUAGCGAGGUAA